GGAAGCUGGAAGUCAAGAACUUUGUGGAUUACUGCCAGCAGUUCCAUGGCGAUGAGGGUUAUGCCUAUGCUCAGCUCAACAAGCGAUGGCAGGUGCUGGUUGCUCGCUCUGAUGGCGACGGUUUUCAGCAGAACUCGUUUGUCAAUGCCAUCAGCACUCCGAAAGGGGGAACGCAUGUGAACUACAUCCUUGACCAGCUGGUUGACGCAAUUUCGAGCAAGGCCUCCAAACAGGCCGGCAAAGGGGUCGAGAUCAAGCGAGUGCAUGUGAAGAGCCACCUUUGGCUGUUCAUCAACUGCUUGAUCGAGAACCCUGCCUUCAGUUCACAAACCAAGGAGCAGAUGACGCUCAAGGCCUCCCAGUUUGGAAGUCACUGCAGCUUGCCCCGUGCGUUCAUCGAGGAGGUGCUGACAAACACCGGCAUCGUCGAUGCCGUCAUCUCGGAGGCACAAUCCAAGAUGACACUCCAAAUGGACAAGAGUAACUCCAAAGCGAGCCACGGAAAACGCGUGUUGGGGGUACCGAAGCUGGAAGAUGCAAAUGAAGCAGGUGGCAAGCUCUCCAAGGAGUGUACGCUGAUCUUGACAGAAGGGGAUAGUGCCAAAGCUCUUGCAGUGGCGGGUUUAUCCGUCCUUGGUCGCGACAAGUAUGGCGUUUUCCCGUUGCGUGGCAAGCUGUUGAACGUGCGCGAGAUAAACCAAAAAGCGCUGGCUGACAACAAGGAGGCAAUGAACAUUGUCAAAAUCCUUGGGCUUUCUUUCGACAAGAAGAAGGUCACUGAUCUGCGCUACGGGAAGGUGAUGAUCAUGGCAGACCAGGACUACGACGGUUCUCACAUCAAGGGCCUUCUGAUCAACUUCUUUCACUACUUCUGGCCGGACCUGCUCAGAAGCAACAAGGGCUUCCUGCAGCAGUUCGUCACUCCAAUCGUCAAGGCAACCAAGGAUGGGAAGGUGGAGCAAUUCUUUACCAUGGUGGAAUACGAGAAGUGGAAAGCGAAGACAAAAGAUGGUGCCGGCUGGAAGAUCAAAUACUACAAAGGCUUGGGAACCAGCACAGCUGCUGAAGCCAAAGAAUAUUUCGGAAACAUUCACGACCAUCGCAUGGACUUCAAGUGGAAGGGACCAAGCGAGAACAAAUUGAUCGACAUGGCGUUCAACAAAGGACGCUCAGACGAUCGGAAGUCCUGGAUGAACAAGUACCAGGAGGGAACAUUUCUGGAUCAUUCGAAGACAGCUGUAUCCUACGAAGAUUUUGUCAACAAGGAGCUCGUGCAAUUCUCACGGUACGACUUGAUGAGAAGCGUUCCUUCUGUCAUGGAUGGUCUGAAGCCCACGCAGCGCAAGGUCCUGUAUUGCUGCUUCAAGCGCAAUCUUCGGUCAGAUGUGAAGGUCGCCCAGUUGGUGGGCUACGUUGGUGAGCAUAGCGCCUAUCAUCACGGAGAAUCCUCUCUUGCCGCGACAAUCGUAUCCAUGGCGCAGGACUUCGUUGGAUCCAACAACUUGAAUCUGCUGGUUCCUUCCGGACAGUUCGGGACACGAGCACAGGGUGGAAAGGACGCAGCGAGUGCUCGUUACAUCUACACCAGGCUGGCAACCAUUACCCGCUUGCUGUUCAAUCCUCUCGAUGAUCCUGUAUUGGACUACCAGGUGGAGGAAGGGCAGAAGAUCGAGCCACUCUGGUAUGCCCCGAUUAUCCCUCUGAUUCUUGUGAACGGCACGGAGGGCAUCGGAACUGGAUGGAGUACCUCAGUACCAAACUACAACCCCUUCGACAUCAUUGCAAACAUGCGGCAAUUCAUCAAGAAGAAGCCAAUGCGAAGCAUGCCGCCAUGGUACCGAGGGUUUACCGGCACAAUCAGACCAGCCGGAGAAAAGGGCAAAUACGACUGCCGCGGCGCAUACACGAAGUCGAGCAGCACCAUCCUGCAGAUAACAGAGCUGCCGUUGCGAAAGUGGACACAGGACUACAAGGAGUUUCUGCAAAGCAACAUGCCGGGCGGAGAUCAGAAGGCCAAGCUGAACAUCUAUGAUGUCAGAGAAUACCAUACAGAGCGCAGUGUUCACUUUGUUGUCCGCAUGGAUGGCAGCAAGCUCAAGAAUGCAGAGGAGAAAGAGGGCAUUGACGCCGUGAUGCGCCUGAAGAGCACCAUCAACGAGACCAACAUGGUAUUGUUCGACCACGAGGGUCGCAUCACAAAAUACAAGAGCGCAAAGGCCAUCAUGGACGAGUUUGCGAAAGUUCGAUUGAAGAUGUAUGACAUGCGCAAGAAGUAUUUGAUCCAGAAGCUCACGCUUGAGAAGGAGCUUCUCGGAAAUCGUGCUCGGUUCAUUGCCAUGAUCAUUGCCAAGAAGCUCCAUGUGAACAAUCGCAAGAAGGCAGACGUUGUGAAAGAUCUUGUGAAGUUCAAGUUUCGACGUUUCGGCGACACUACAGGGACCAGGACUGGCUUCGAGUACCUGCUUGGCAUGCAGAUCCUGACUCUGACGCUGGAAAGAAAGCUGGAACUUGAGAAGCUCUACAAAGCCAAGAACGACGAACUGGUACAGACGAAGAAAACCUCGGUCCAGCAAAUGUGGAGCACUGACCUGGACAGACUGGAGGACGCGAUUCGAGAGAUGUACCAGAAGGACGAUGAAAAACAAGCCCGGGCUUCUGGGCAGAAAAGGAAAGCUGGCUUACCUUCGAGCGGCGAUGUGUCGCAGGCCUUGAAGAGACCAGCCGCUUCGCCGAAAUUGUGGAAGGGCGCCAAAACUAAGGGCAGAGGAGGAGCACGAGGGCGUGGUAGAGGACGUGGUCGCGGAGGACCAGCGCAGGAAGAGGAGGACGAGGAGGAGCAAGAAGCUGCCGAAGCUCCGGUGAAUGAAGCUACGGAGCAACUCUUCGGCGAUGUGGGUAGAUGGACUGCAGGCUUGUUGAAAGCUCCGGGUGGCCUCAGUGGAGGUUUCAAUAUGCAUUACAAGCAGGCAGUGGUGUCCAGAGGGGACCUGGCAGCCAUGGUGCUGCUGGACCGCGGGUGCGCGGCCGAUGUUCAGGACACAGCUGGGCGGACGGCCUUGCAUCUCGCAGUUUGCAGCAAGGAGCCUCAACUCUGCAAGUUGCUGUUGGCAAAAAGCCCAGAGCUGGCAGCAAGGAAAGACUUGCAAGGGAGAUCUCCUUUGGCAUAUGCAGUUUUGCAUCCCGCGCAGCCCGUCGCAGAGCAGUGCACCCGGCUGCUGCUGGCGGGGCUUGCAGAUGUGAAUGCCGAGGACAUUUUCGGCUUCGAUGCCUUGCACUAUGCCCGAAAGGCUGGCGCAGAAGGUGCAGCAGCCUUGCUCAAAGCCGUCCAAACGGCUGCAGAGACCGAGACUGUGCCACAGAGGCUUCAGCAAGGUCACACGCAGGAUGACAUUCCCUAUUGGAAGAUGCUCUUGGAUCAGCGGGAUGAAGGUGCGUUGCCCAAGUUCUCUGCAACUCAGGAGUAUCAUCCAGAAAGGAGUGCACGUGAGGAAGUGGCACAUUCCCAGCAUGCCCAUGCUCAUGCAGAGCGACUUCGGCAAGAGCUGACCGAGCAGAAUGAGCUCCUUGAAGCUGCAAAGCUUGAAGUGAAGGAAGGGCAGCUUCGAGAAAAGGAGCUGCGGACAGAACUCGUGGUACAGCAGAAUGCCACGACUGGAGCCGACCAGGAAGCCUACGGCGAAGGUUUUCCCAACAGCCUUGGCCAUCGUGUACUGCGCGCCGGAAGGCAGCUGGCCCAGAAGUCCGAGGAGUUUCGGACCGCGGAGGCGGCAGCCCGGAGCCUCGCAGGUAGAAACGCCGAAUUGGAAGCGGAGUUGCAGGCGAGCAAAGACCUGCUUGCAGAAAUCCAGGUGGAGGAGCUUGAGCUGCACCGCAAGCUCGACAGGGAACUACAAAGUGCUGGCCUGGCCUCAUGCUGUCACAGUCCCGUUGAUCGAAACUCCAAGAUCGUGGUGAAGAAGAGUCCUGGAGAUUCCUUGCAGAGGAAGACCGCCGCAGCGCUGCGGCGGUGCGAGAGAUGCUUGAGCAGCGCCUGGAAGACGCGGAGAAGUCGGCCGCGUCUCUCCGACUCCGUGAGAUCGACAGCCUCUCAAAGCUAG